ACUGCUAUGAGCGGUUGAAUCUAACACACUUGACCCUAACUAUAUGCGCGACCGAUUUAACUGUUGACCAUUGUAUGGUCCAUUUGAGUGUCUUGAAAUGGUAGCCUAUACGUUAUUCAUAUCAUGGUAAGGAAAGACUGAUUAAGGGGUCUUAAGGGAGAUUAAAAGCAGUAAGUUCCGCCUUCCAAUGCAUCGGGGUUGUCUCAGCUAUGCCCUCGUCGAUUCGCCUUCAGUGCGACAGCCGGGAUUUCAUGGAUUUAAACGUUUCAUAGACUAGGCCCCACUGGAAGAUUUACAUGACCCAUAAUCAAACAUAGCCCACUAUAAACGAACGUAAUAUCACGGUGGUCGGCAGAUAACCCACAGUCCAGUUACUCAGUUGUUAAAGUCCAAAGGUUAUCAGGCCAGGUCAAAAAACAUAGUCGCUUGACAAACUCUUGAGAAUAUUGGAUUUGCUUCUUCUCGUUCAAGAUGGACAAUGCUUUGAAGCGCGUCAUGUCCACGUACAAGUGGACACUGGAGAACGGAGAUAAGAGGACAGACCCUUGGCUGCUGGUGUACUCUCCGGUCCCAGUAAUAGUUAUCUUCCUGGUCUACCUCUGUGUGCUCUGGGCCGGCCCCCGCCUGAUGAAACAUAGGGGACCCGUUGACCUGAAAGGAGUUCUUAUUGUUUACAAUUUUGCCAUGGUGUGUUUGUCUGUCUACAUGUUCUAUGAGUUCCUGGUCACAUCCAGGUUGUCAAACUACAGCUACCUCUGUCAGCCAGUAGACUACAGCACCAGCCCUCUGGCAAUGAGGAUGGCCAAUGUCUGCUGGUGGUUUUUUUUCUCCAAGGUUAUAGAACUCAGUGACACGGUCUUCUUCAUCCUGAGGAAGAAGAACAACCAGCUGACCUUCCUCCACGUCUAUCACCACGGCACCAUGAUCUUCAACUGGUGGGCCGGGGUGAAGUAUCUUGCUGGUGGACAGUCAUUCUUCAUUGGCUUGCUGAACACCUUCGUCCACAUCAUCAUGUACUCUUACUACGGCCUGGCCGGGCUUGGGCCUCACAUGCAGAAGUACCUCUGGUGGAAGCGCUACCUCACCACCCUACAGCUGGUGCAGUUUGUGCUUUUGACAACGCACACAGGAUAUAACCUGUUCGCAGAGUGCAACUUCCCUGACUCCAUGAAUGUUGUGGUGUUUGGCUAUUGUGUCAGCCUCAUUUUCCUCUUCAGUAAUUUCUACUACCAAAGUUAUGUCAGCAAAAAGGUGAAAAAGAUUUAACAAACAAUCUGUAAUUAUCUGCCACUAUGUUUAUUUUUGUUUUGUAUGGGAAAUAUUCUAUCAUGUCCACGUUAAUAAUAAAUGGAAUGAUAUUCGUUA